CUCCGUUAAAAAAUAUGGCGCCAUAACAGUUCGGCUUCAAUUUGUCAAAACAAAAAAAAACGAUGAUAAAACCUUAGGUUUUCUUAAGCCAAGGAUAGGAAAAUACCAGUGACAAAACAGAUCUGUAUUCAACUGCCAUCUGCGCAUCAGGAAACAUGCAAACCAACAUCCAGCGCAGUUAUGGAGUAGCUAUCAACACACCAAAGAAACAAGGUCAGAUUCCUGUACCUGACACCCCAACCCCUGGGGACAUGUCAGUCUCUUUCCUGGCCAGUACUCCCAAGCCAGGCUGCCCUCAGCUGUCAAGACGGAGACCAGCAUCUAUCGAUUCAAGCCCAGAUGUACAGAAAAGAACCACUCCCAAAGCAGGCAAGGUAGCAACUCUGUCUCGCAGCAGAAACCAGUCCAGUCCCAGCAAACCAUCCCCUCGUAAGGCAGGCGGCAGCCUGGAGGAGAAAAUGGCCUCCAUAGCUAGAUCUCGCUUGGAAAAGAAACACAGGAGAGCAAGUGUGGCUUCUGAUAAACAGGAGAGCUCCAGUGAGACACAUGAUGGCAAUGUGGAUAGUCAAGAACACGCUGACAAGGAUGCGGUACAAACCAUGCCUACUACAUUUCAAGUGAGAAAGAAGCGGAAAGUCUCUGUAUCUGUGUUGGACGAUAUACAUCCUAGAAGCGCGGACCAGAGGGCUGCUUCUGUAGCUCAAAAACCGGACAAAAGUGUGAGGAACAGCAUAAAUGAAUAUCGCAAAAAUAAGUCAAGAACAAAGAAUGUUGCAAGUUUUAAUUCUGGAAAUGCAAGUGUUAUAGAUAGGCAAAGAUCUGCAUCAACAGACAGUCUGAGUGUUGAUGAUUUACAUUCAAGUCAUACGUUUAAAAAAGAUACAAGUGCUUUGUUUAUGACUCGAAAAAAAUCGGUUGAAUCUACUGGUACUCAUGAUGGAAGUAUUGUUGAUGCAAAUAAUAAUUCUCCUGUGAAGCAGGAUAGAAAUGCAACAAAUGAAUUGCAUACAAGUAAAAACAUGUCAAAUAAUUCAAGAAUUAAAAAAAAUAAUGAAAUAAAAAGUUUUCAAACAGCCAGAGAUAGAACAACCGGAACUGCCAAUUCAAAGAUCAGUACAAAUGAAACUGUGACUGAAACUCCGCGGACCAUUAAGACGAAAAGAGCUGCAAUUCAGAAUGGAAAGGGCCAAAGCAAAACACUUCCUAAGGAUGGACAAAGAAAACUGGCAAACACUAUCCAGAAACCAGUUGACGCUUCUCAUUCAGAAAAUGAAAACUCUCAAAAAACAAAUAUGCCAUCUCCACAUAUUCAGGGUUCCACUGAAACUGCUGGUAGUCGUUCAAAAAAGAGGUGUGUUGAACCAAAUAAUGUUUCUGGUCUUAGACAGUUGGCUAAACGUACAAAAAGACAACGGGUAGAGGACGAAACUGAUACAUCAGUUAACAAUGACAUGCCUGUUGAUGAUGAUGGAAAUGAUACUGGAGGAAGUUCACAAGAUGAUCAUGGGGAGUCUGUGAAGUCAAAGGAAAAGAAAGGUCCAAUAGAUGUGGAGAUUGUACUGGAUAUGGUCACUAGCAACGUACAAGCACGCAUGACUGACUGUGAGUCUGCCCAAGAGUAUGUGGCAUUGAAACUCUGGAAAAAAUACUUGACAGAAGAUAUGGCAGCCAUGAUAAAAGAUGUCCAUAAUGUUGCAGCUCUUCAAAACGAAGUUAAAUUGAGCCAGCACCGCAUUAAACAACAACAGAGACAUCUGAUGCGUAUUCAGAAUGAAAGAAUGCAGCUCGAGUUAGAUGUGGGUCCGGUCGAGAAACAGGCAGAACGGAAUAAAGAUAUGGCAAAAAUCAAUAAGUUCCUAUCUAAUCUGAGACAAGUCUUCAACAAGACAGGAACAAAACAUUGAAAACUAUCUGUAUGACCUUUAUCAACCAGAACCUUUUAAUAUGCCUGUUUUUAUAACAGGACAUGUUGAAACACCAAAGUAGGCAGCAAGAAUUUUUGGGACAAGAAUGUAAUUUUGCUCCGCACAAAUGGAUGUCCAAAUAACAGGAUUAAAAAAAUGGUAAUACAGGAAUGUACCAGGGAGUAAUUGCAAGGUCGAAGAUCAGUGAUAAGCAUACAAACAGAUUGGUGGUUGAUUUAUUGACGAGUUUUUUAAUGUCUCCUUGAGGACUUUGCAUUCAGUGUUUUACCUCACUAUUUUGACUUAUCAGCAUCAGUCCAGCCUAUAAUUGCUUCAUAAUUAUAUAUUAUCUACUGGUAUUUACUUUAAGUGUAAAACUUUUCUUCAAACUGAAAAAAAAGUGGAUGUAAAUAGGCUAUUUGAAAUUAGAUGAAUAAAAGAAUGUGAUUAGUGAAAAAACUUUGGCAUACUAUUAUGUAAGAAAUGUGCUUGUUAUUAGAAUUUGGUUGGUGAAAGUAGUGGAAGUUCUUUGAUGACUGUUUAAUGUUUGACAAUUUUUACUGUUGUUUUUUUAGCUCACCUGAAAAACCUUGUAAACACUGUUGAAGUAUCAUUUUAUGUUCAAUCUUCAUGUAACUUUGUCAAAAUAUUUGUCUUAAUGAUAUCUUGAUUGAGUUCAAAAGUGGUUCCAGUCUGUUGAAAAACAUGGCCGCCAGUGGGCGGGGCAGUUUUCCUUAUUUGGCUAUAGAGAAACCUUGUAAACACUGUAGAAGUCACAAUUUUUGCCCAAUCAUCAUGAAAGGUGGUCAAAACAUUGAUUUAAUUGAUAUCUCAGACAAGUUCGAAAAUGGUCCAGAUCGGUGAAAAAACAUGGCCACCAGUGGGUGGUGCAUUUUUCUCUAUAUGUAUUUAGUGGCAGUUUUCUUUAUUUGGCUAUAGAGAAACCUUGUAAACACUCUAGAAGUCACAAUUUUUGCCCAAUCAUCAUGAAAUUUGGUCAAAACAUUGGUUUUAUUGAUAUCUCGGACGAGUUCGAAAAUGGUCCAGAUCGGUGAAAAAACAUGGCUGCCAGUGGGCGGGUCAUUUUUCUCUAUAUGUAUAUAGUUAAAACAUGUGAACACUCUAGUAGUCACAUUUUGGCCCAAUUUUCAUGAAAUUUGGUCAGAAAAUGUGUUUCUUUGAUAUGAGAGUUGAGUUUGAAAACGGUUCCGGUCAGUUGAAUAACAUGGCCGGCGGGGGGGGGGGGGCCCAAUCAUCAUGAAACUUGGUGAAAAGAUUGGUUUUAUAUAUAUCACAUAAUUAUUGCCCUUAGAUUGUCCAAAUUUUCAUUGUAUUAUACAAAAUCAUUGUAAACACUCUAGAGGUCGCAAUUUUGUUUCAGAUUUUAUGAAUCUUGGUCAUGAUAUUUAUUUUUGUAAGCAAAGUUUGAUGUUUGGUAAGGGGGGUCAACUCAAAAUAUAGGUCACCAGGUCAAAUCUUACAAAAAUAAAAUCACUCCAUAUGCCAGAGUUUUGGUUCACACGACUUCAACACAUGUUUUACCAUAAAAAGUAAAGUUGAUUAAACGAAUAAAACUUACCUUACUCACAGACAAGUUAAAUCCAAAUAAUAUUAAAAGCAUCAAGCUUAAAUCGGUAUCAACAUGUUUUGAAGUUGUGUUUGUGUCUAUAAACUAGCCAUGGCCAAAUUAGUUAAAAGGGAAGUAACAAGUCAGCUCAUUGAAAUUAAAAGGUCAAAAUCAACUAUUUGUGUGCUGGGGACGAUUCUGUAAUGUCCUUCUAACUUUUAAUUAUCAACUCUUCUCACUUUACUUUUUAGCUCCACUGGCCAGAGGCCAGCGGGGCUUAUGUCAUGAUCCUGAGUCCGUCUUGUGUGGGUGCGUUUACUUCUCCUUAAAACAUCUUCUCCUAAACUACUGGUCCAAUUCUGAUGAAAUUUCUCAGGAAUGUUCCUGGGGUGAACCUCUUGCAAAUUUGACCCUGCCCCGAGAGUCACAAAAAUGAAAAAACUUUCAAAAUCUUCUCGUCCAUAACCAUUGGGUCUAGGUGUAUCAAAUUUGGUAUAUAGAGACAUCUAAUAGUCCUCUACCAAAUUUCUUCAAAUUAUGCCCCUGGGGUCAAAUUUGACCCUGCCCCGGGGGUCACAAAAUUGAACAUAGGCUUAUAUAAGGCCUAUUUUUUGAAAACUUAAAAAAUCUUUCUGUCCAUAAACAUUGGGCCUAGGGCUACCAAAUUUGGUAUGUAGUGACAUCUUAUAGUCCUCUACCAAAUUUCUUCAAAUUAUGCCCCUGGGGUCAAAUUUGACCCUGCCCCGGGGGUCACAAAAUUGAACAUGUGCUUGAAUAAGGCCUAUUUUGUGAAAACUUUAAAAUCUUUACGUCCAUAACCAUUGGGCCUAGGUCUAUCAAAUUUAGUAUGUAGAGACAUCUUAAAGUCCUCUACCAAAUUUCUUCAAAUUUGACCCUGCCCCGGGGGGUCACAAAAUUGAACAUAUGCUUAUAUACGGCCUAUUUUGUGAAAACUUUAAAAUCUUCUUGUCCAUAACCAACAGGCCUAGAGCUAUCUAAUUUGGUAUGGAGAGACAUCUAAUAGUCCUCUACCAAAUUUCUUCAAAUUAUGCCCCUUGGGUCAAAUUUGACCCUGCCCCUUGGGUCACAAAAUUGAACAUAUGCUUAUAUACGGCCUAUUUUGUGAAAACUUUCGAAAUCUUCUCGUCCAUAACCAUUGGGCCUAGGGCUAUCAAAUUUGGUAUGUAGAGACAUCUAAUAGUCCUCUACCAAAUUUCUUCAAAUUAUGCCCCAGGGGUCGAAUUUGACCCUGCCCCGGGGGUCAUAAAAUUGAACAUAUGCUUAUAUAGGGUCUAUUUUGUGAAAACUUUACAAAUUCUCUUGUCCAUAACCAUUGGGCCUAGGGCUACCAAAUUUGGUAUAUAGUAACAUCUUAUAGUCCUCUACCAAAUUUUUUCAAAUUAUGCCCCUGGGGUCAAGUUUGACCCUGCCCCAGGGUCACAAAAUUUAACAUAUGCUUAUAUAAGGCCUAUUUUGUGAAAACUUUCAAAAUCUUCCUGUCCAUAACUGUAUGGCAUAGGGCUACCAAAUUUGGUAUGUAGUGACAUGUAAUAGUUCUCUUCUUAGUUUGUUUAAAUUAUGCCCCUGGGGUCAAAUUCGAAACUUCCCCGGGGGUCACAAAAUUGAAUAUAUAUGCUUAUAAAGGGCUUAUUUUUUUAUGAAAACUUUAAAAUCUGUCUAUAACCAUUGGGUCGAGGGCUACCAAAUUUGGUAUGUAGUGACAGCUUAUAGUCCUCUACCAAGUUUGUUCAAAUUAUGCCCCUGGGGUAAAUUUGACCCUGCCCUGGAGGUCACAAAAGUGAACAUACGCUUAUAUAAGGCCUAUUUUGUGAAAACUUUAAAAAUCUUCUUGUCCAUAAACAUUGGGCCUAGGGCUACCAAAUUUGGUACGUAGUUAAAUCUUAUAGUUCUCUACCAAGUUUGUUCAAAUUAUGCUCCUGGGGUCAAAUUUGACCCUGCCCCGGGGGAUCACAAAAUUGAACAUAUGCGUAUAUAAGGCCUAUUUUGUGAAAACUUCAAAAAUCUUUGUCGAUAACUAUCCAGCCUAGACUAUCAAAUUUAGUAUGUAGUGACAUCUUAUAGUCCUCUACAAAAUUUGUUUAAAUUUUAUCCCUGGGGUCAAAUUUGAACCUGGCCCAGGGUCACAAAAUUGAACAUAUGCUUAUAUAAUGCCUAUUUUGUGAAAACUCUAAAAAAAUCUUGUCCAUAACCAUUAGGCCUAGGGCUACACAAUUUGGUUUGUAGUGACAUUGUAUAGUCUUCCACUUAGUUUGUUCAAAUUAUGCCCUAGGAGUCAAAUUUGACCCUGCCCUGGGGGCCACAAAAUCGAUUAUAUGCUUAUAUAGUCCCUAUUUUGUGAAAACUUUAAAAUCUUCUUGUCCUUAACCGUAAGGCAUAGGGCUACCAAAUUUGGUAUGUAGUGACAUCUAAUAGUUCUCUACCAAGUUUGUUCAAAAUAUGCCCCAUGGGUCAAAUUUGACCCUGCCCGGGGGGUCACAAAACUGAAAAUACGCUUAUAUGGGGCCUAUUUUGUGAAAACUUUAAAAAUCUCCUGUCCAUGACCAUUGGGCCUAGGGCUACCAAAUUUGGUAUGUAGUGACAUCUAAUAAACCGCUCCCAAAUUUGUUCAAAUAAUGCCUCUGGGGUCAACUUUGACCCUGUCCUGGGGGGUCACAAAAUUGAAUAAACACUUAUAAAGCGCCUAUUUUGUGAAAUCUUUAAAAAUCUUUUUGUCGAAAACCAUUCAGACUAUGGCUACCAAAUUUGGUAUGCAGUAACAUCUUAUAGUCCUCUUCCAAGUUUGUUCAAAUUAUGCCCUUUGGGUCAAAUUUGACACUGACCCCGCGGGUCACAAAAUUGAACAUUAUAUACGCUUAGAUCUUGCUUAUUUUGUGAAAACUUACAAAAUUUCUUGUCCUUAACUCUAGGACCUAGGGCUACCAUAUUUUUUGUAUGUACAUGUAGUGAGAUAUAGUAGUCCUUUACAAAGUUUGCUCAAAUUAUUCCCCUGGGGUUAAAUUUGACUAAGCCCAGGACUGGUGGUCACAAAAGUGUACAUGUGCUUAAAUAGGGCCUAUAUUUAAGUAUUUGCACAUGCAGAGAAUAUUUGUUUUAGCCUAUUUUCAGCAGUGGAGCGAUACAGGGCCAUCAUGGCCCUCUUGUUUUUCAUUCUUACUUUAUCUUUUCACCACCCGUCGCAUAAUUGUCAAGCUUGACGGCAGCAACGUACAAUGUUAAUGUAGAUGAAUCCCUUCCAUGGCCAGUCUGUGCCGAUUUUUAUAUUACUUAAAUACGCUAAACAGUUAAAUCACAGAAAACAUUAGGCAAUCUAAACAAAAUUAAGCGCAACUUUAGCGACAUCAUUUGAAAUGAGUUUUUUUCAUUAUGAAGCUUGCCGAAUUAGUACCAAAAGUCUCAGAACACGCCACAAUUAAAUAUUAUGCAUACAACCCCCACAUACACUUAUUGAAACACCAUUAUAUGUACCUAACCAAUUAAUUUAUGUGACAAAGUAGUCAAGUCUUUCUUUAUAUUUUCCAAAAUAGUGUUGGUAAAAUGAAAUAAAACUGGCGAAUGUUGAAAAGGCACUAUUGAUAAUAUAUAAGGCAUUAAAAGUACAUUUUUAUGCAUAUGUGCUCACAACACUUACUAUAGGCCUCUACAAAGCAAAGAAAUUGCAACAGAAGGGCUGGACAUUAGGUUUUUUGUCAUGACAAAGAAUUUCAAAGUUGCUGCUCACAUAAGGUUUCCUAUUCUUCUCCAGAUGGUAUUCAUGUUUUCCCAACAUGGUCAUUAAAAACGCAAUUUCUCCACACAAAAAAUAGUUUUCUGGAGAAACCUUGCUGAGAGGUUAUGGCAGACAUGUGUAAGUUUAUAAAAAUCAUUUAAUUAUUGUAGUGGCUUGCAAAUUAAAGCAGUUUUUCUCCCCUAAAUGCCUGAAUAUGGCCCAAUUUGCCUGAUCUUCUACUUCAGGGCGCCACAUUUCGCUCAUUUUGUAAGACAAUUUGUCAGGAUUUUUUCUACAUGUAGGCCAAUAUCUUUGUUAUCAAUGCUUAUACAAAGUUGUUUGAAUUUGGACUUUAAAUUUUUUUAAUUUUUCCAAUUUACUUACCCUAUGUAAGUUCACGCUAAAAUAUACAAAGCUGCUCUGAUGGUAUUAUGCUGCUCACAAGGUAUCGGGGUUUCCUGGGGUGUAUAUGGCUAUAGUAAAACCUUGAUGGCACUAGAAGUCACAUUCUUAGUCCGAUCUUCAAGGAACUUGGUCAGAACGUUUUUUCUAAUUAUAUCUGAGCUGUGUUAAAGAAUGGUUCUGUCCGUUGAAAAAAUGGUUGCCAGGGGCUGGUCAUUUUUCUUAAAUGACUUGUAAAGCCUUGUUAAAUCUCUAGAAGACAAGUGUGUUGUCAAAUCUUUAUGGAACUUUGUCAGAACGUUUGUUUUAAUGAUAGCUUGGUUCGAAAAUGGUUAUGGUUCAUUGAAAAAUAUUACUUCUAUGGAAAACUGGAUUUGUUCUUAUAUGGCAAUAGUAAAACCUUGUUAACACUUACCAGUCACAUUUUAAGUCCAAUCUUCAUGAAAUUUGGUUGGAACAUUGGUUUAAAUAUCUGGGCUAAAUUGGAGAAUAGUUCCUGUCACCUGAAAAACAUAUCUGCUAGGGGGCUGGGCAUUUUUGCUUAUAUGGCAAUAGUAAAACCUUCUUAACUGUCUAGUUGAUAUUUUGACAAAGUGUGAAAAUGGUUUCAGAAAUAUCUCAAAAAAUUCUGAGAGCAGUUCAGUUCCCUGAAGUCUUAGAUCAGGGACCGUGGGCCUCUGGCAGUCUUGUUUGUGAAAAACAUUAUGUUUGAAUAUUACUGUGCACUUUUAACAGCAUGCUGCAAAAGUAGUGUUUCUUAACCACUAGUGUGUUUUGUGCUAAUAUUGCUGUAGUUUAAUUCUUAACAAAUAUUUUGGUUUGCUGCAAUUGUCUUGGGUUGGCAGAUCAAGGUUAAAGAAAUGUGUUAAUACAGAACUUACCACAACUAUUCUUCACGUGCAGUAGGCACACACGUUUGUCACACUUCACAUGUAAUAUUGUUAUGCCCUAUCUGAAAGGUCAUGGUGACAUUUAUGGGUCAAGUAUCAACAAAAAUCGAUCAUACUUCUUUUCCAGACCAGGUGUUCUUUUGCUAUUGGAGUAAACAAUCAUACCCGUUUUCACAACAUGCUCUACAUUCUGCUUAUAUGCAUUAAGUAUUGCAACAACAAUAAUUAGUAACUACAUAUGAUUUUAUGUCCUAACUUUUGUUUGCUACUUCUUGUUUACAAUUCAUCUAAACAUUUCAUUGUAAUAAUCAUGAGGUCUUGUUGAUUCUUCAACUGCAUGUUAAUGUUGUUUUUAAUGUUUCUUCUUUAAGAUGGUUUGUAAUGUACAUGUAGAUAAUGUAAUAAAGUCUUACAAAAGCAAAACAA